AUGAUCAGAACUGUGUUACAUAAUUCAAGAGCUCUAACCAGUGGAAGACGAUUCUUAUCCACAUUAUUGUCAAAAAAUCCCGACAAAAUCACCCUUGAAGAUCUUAAAGCAUCAAAUCAAGAUGAUAUCGCCGGGCGAAUGUCAUUGAUUAAAUCGAUUAAUCUUUCAGCCAACUCCAAUAAGCAACAAUUAAUUAAUGAAUUAAUACCCGAUUUCUCGAUAUAUUUCAAAUUAGAUCCUGCAAUUAAAAAUACCAAUGAAGUUUUACUGAGAAUUAUUCAGGUUAAUCCCGGAAGAGUUCACUCAUCGUGGGAACUUUUUCAACUACAUUCUUCAAAUUUAGAUGAAAUAAGUGUUUCAUUGAUCAAGAAUUUAUUAAAUAAGUUGAUAACUGGCGAGGCGGUUGAUCAGAGCGAGAAUUAUAUUAUUGAUUUUGAUAACUUACAUAGGUUACAGACUUUGUUAACGGAUCAUAUUGUAAGUGAUAUUUCCCAAUAUGAAUCCGAUUUGAUUCAAUUAUUAGAUAAAUUGAUUCAAGAUGAUUCAGUUGCAUUUAUAGGCUUUUUAAUCAACGACAUAUUAUCACCACCGUUUAUUGUUGAAUAUAUGAAAACAUUCCAUGAUAGAAACACUCCAAGUGAGAAUUGUGUUUUCUUGCUUAUGGUUGAAAAGGUAUUAGAAGAAGAUCCAACCUUAUUAACAACGGAACAAUACAUAAAGGCAUUAGAUAUUAUAAAUUUAAAGCUGGAACAACUAGAACCAAUCAUGUCUAAACAAGUCGAACUUUCUAAACAUCUAUCAAUUGAAUUCAAACCAUCCAUCGUUAGAGAUUUAGAUAAGAAGAUCUUGAAAUAUAUCCAAGAAUCAGAUAUAGAUCUUGAAGCUGGGAAUAUCCUCUUGAGACAAAAAAUCAUUGAAUCCUAUGGAAUAUUUAGUAAUGAUACAGAACUGGCUUUGAAGAAGUUCCAUCAAUAUCAAACACAUGCAAGUUAUGGCAUUGAAUUUGUUGGCGCAACAUUGGCGAAGGUGUUUGGAUACCAGGCCAUCAAUCAGAAUAAAGAAAUUUAUGCCGAAGUUGCAGCCACAUUGGCCCCUCCCGAUUCAAUGACUGUCAGAUUAUUGCAAUCCUUAAUUAUUUCUCAAUCUUUCUUCAAGCCAGACUCAGGAUUAUCUAUAUACAACAAUUACAUUAAUCAGGUUGGUUCUGAUCUUAUUCAAAAUACCGGCAGAUCAAGUAAAGGGUUACUUACUGAAGCGGUUGUAUUGGGAUUUCUUCAAAAUAAUGACAGAAGUUUCGCUAGUUUAAUCUUUGAAAAAGCAAUUGACAACAAAAUAAUCACUUAUGAGCCUGAGAUUUCCACUAUAAAGAAAUUAUUUAAAGCAUAUAGUGACUGUUUUGUUGAAGAUGAAGAUUGGAGUAAGGCAAAGAUUAAGAUGAAGGAGUUUGUAUUGAAGUUCAUGAAAAAUUUAUAA